AUGAAACUAGGACGAUGGAUAUCGGCAGACGGUUACAACGCCACAAGUCACUUCUUCGGAGUCCCCAAGUUAUGUGUCGUUCAAAACAAACGAUACGACUCUAGAAACCUCAGCUUGGCUCCUAACAAGGAAGCUUGGGUCAGCUUCGAGACAAAAGAAGGCUUACACAAAAUUCCUUCGGAAUGCUACAGAGCUAUGGAUGUGACAAUGAUCGGGACUCUGCAAGAAUUUCUCAACAAAUCGUUGGCGGGCGCUUGUGGCGAUCUUUUCCCUCGGACGCACGGUAAUUUUCCAUCUGCCUUUGACCCCAAUGGGCCUGUAUUUAUUGAUGCCUUGUUGUCUUCACAAACCUGCUACAACUGGUGGCUUGAUCCGUUAUACUACAAUGGUAACACUACCAUCGGGAGAAUCUCAGCAGCAAUGGAUGGAAUGGUAUCGGAACUCACAGACUAUUUUCGCAGGCAUACCUGGGGCAACUCAUUACAUGAUUGGGAGGGUAAGAAUUUUGGCAAACCCGACUACACGUUUGGAUCGGAGUAUCGAACAACCAUUUGCGUCGGUGUCAGGUGGCUUUGGCUGACCUUUCCCGGAACACUGCUAGUAAUGACGGUAGUUCUUCUCGCGGCAGUAUACGCAUUGAGCUGCCGAGAUAAGGAGAAAUGGCCAAUAUGGAAAUCGUCAAAUUUGCCCCUCCUUCUCUAUGACAUCAGAAUACAACAAGGUAGCUUCGGGGAACAGAACAGCAUGAGCCCAAAGGUUCCACUUCUUGGGCUCUCGGGGCUUAAAAGUCUAGCGGAUACAACGGUGGCACGAUUCCACCUUGGCCCGGGAGGUCCGGCUUUUGUUAUUGAGGAGAGCGAAACAACGAAGUUGAAGAUGCGGAAAAAUGGGCAUACAUGAUGUGCCAGAAAGGGAUUAUGCACGAGAAUUGGAG